AUAGCCAUAACGGCACCCCUUCUACGAGAGACCAAGCCUUCCGCUGCCAUGUACCGGCUGAUGGGAUUCCUCUGCGAAGCGCUUGUGGAGCUAAGCGACCAUCGCAAGCAACUCCUAGAUCUCCUAGAGGCAAUUCAAGCGCUCCCACCGUCCGACCAGAUUGACUGGCCGCGGCUCCCAGGCUUCGGAAACAUGUGGGCCGACUUGUAUCGGCUGCACAUGCACGGACACGACCACUGGGAGACGUCGGAGACGCCUCUCACGGACACGAGGAAACGUGAGCUGUGUCGACAUGAGGAGGCUGUCGCCGCGGCCGAGGCCGACAUGUUUCUCCGCGGUGUGGGUGGCGUUACGGCCCGUUGGGGUUACGAGUGGUUGAGCUUGGUGCACUGGCAACGUCCGGGAAUGGCCGUGUUCAUGAGGGGUGCGUACGUCUGGCUGGCAAAGGCAGGCGGGCGUCUGAAAGACCAACUCGAGCCGGACAAGGUAUCUAGUUACGGCCAUCCGUCGAGGGUUAAAGCCGCAAUGCCAGAGCAUUGGGAGGCUUGGAGGUGGUCAUUCUUGCGGAUCAGUGAAGAGGUAGAGGCCUUUGCGGCUGAUGAUAGGGAGGUUGCAGGAGAAUGUUACAAGCUGAUGGAAACAUGAAGGCCAGUCAUUAUGGCAAAGGCGCUCAAUACAGUUGUUAAUUGUUUUGUAUGCGCAGUGUCUCGGGUCCUAGAAGCGGUUUGUUUCUCCUUCCUGACGAGUUCCUUGCUCCUUGCAUAGUACCGUUUGUUUCUGAAAUUCGGC